AUGACAUGCUCUGCGUCACCAUUACAAGCUUCCACUUGGUCCCGCAUGGCUCCCAUUUAUUCCCUCAUUCGGGCUUUCACUUUCGCUGUUCAAGUCUUUCAGACAGUUUGGACUUAUUGUUCCUCAAAUCCUCUCCCCUAAAAAACACUCCCGACGGGUUUUUUUCAGCAGCUUUUACUUUUACGCACAAGAGAAGCAUGAUCUUUUUGAACCAGUAACUUAAUUCCCUAUACUUUAUAAGUUCAGCCCCUGACAUGGAAAAACCUUUAGAUCACAUUAAGAGACCCAUGAAUGCGUUCAUGGUUUGGUCCAGAGGGCAGAGGAGGAAGAUGGCCCGGGAGAACCCAAAGAUGCACAACUCGGAAAUCAGUAAGAGACUGGGCGCGGAGUGGAAGAUGCUCUCUGAAUCUGAGAAGCGGCCGUACAUCGACGAGGCGAAGCGGCUGCGGGCUCAGCACAUGAAGGAGCAUCCGGAUUAUAAAUACAGACCCCGCCGCAAACCCAGAAUCCCCCUGAAGAGGGAGCGUUUUCUGUUCCCACUGCCGUCUUUGCUCGGGGACGCAGCGGAGCACUUGAAGGGGGUUCCCCUCGACUCUUUUGUUGUGUCCGGUGACAAAGCCAGAACUCUGCUCGCCCCUACCUCCUCCUCAUCCUCCUCUCCUUUCUCGCUCUGUGAGUCUGUUGCGCAGUUCAGCACCGGAGCUGUCCAGCGGAUUGCGGAGAUGCCGCACGCUCUGGCCGCGGGUGCGCUGCCCUACGGCGCGCACGCCUUCGGAUACCAGAGCGGAGGGUUCGGGGGGCUGGCGUGUCCCGUCCAGCACCCGCCUCCCUCCAGCCCAGGGUACGUGGUCCCCUGCAGCUGCAGCGCCUGGUCUGCGGCACCUCUACACCCUCAGGUGGCGUACAUCCUCUUCCCAGGAGGGAUGAGCAAGGGCGCGUUAGACUCAUACGCUCCAUCAAACUCGCCCAGCGUGUGACAGACUGAAUAUAUACAUAUCGAUAUUUUUGCCAAAGGAUUAAUCAAGACUUUAUGCCAAGGCACAGAAGAGAAUGGACGAGAAAAAAGGUUAUGGCUCUAAUGUUGUAACAGGUCCACAUAACUGCAGGAACAAAAACCGAUCCAUGGAAGGAAAUAAGGAUGUGUACUUUGCAAGUGCCAACAUAUUUUUUUAUUACUUAAAAUGCACCAAACUAAUGUAAUCGCUUUCAUCUGUUGCUUCAAAACAAAUACAUGAUUUUUUUAGUUGUAAAUUUGGAAAUUUUUACUAUUUCUGCUUGUCUUAAACCUGAAUGUGGUUUGUGAUGUAUCAAGGUAUGUAUACUUCUUUUUUCAAGAACAAAUAAAACAAACUCAGUAUUUAGUUCCCAUUGUCUUUGGAGCUGUAAAGCUAUGGAUUAUAGAGCGCGGAACAAUAAAAGGGAAUGUAGUCUUCUCUCAGUCACCAGCGCUCAUUUUAUCUCAAACUUUUCCACAUUUUGUCACCUAACGUCUGUAUGUAUUUUGUGGGGGGUUUUAUGUGAUAGACCGACACAAAGUAGUGCAUAACUGUGAAAAUGAAGGAGAAUGAUACACAAUUUUCAUUAUUUUAAUUUAUUUAUUCUCAUGAAAGUUAUGCAUUUGAGCACAGCCCCCUUUAUUUCGAAAUCCCGGAAUAAAAGUUCACCUAAUGGCCUAGUCAAUUAAUUAAUAAAUUGAGUCCACUUGUAUGUAAUUAAUACUCUGUAUAAAUCCAACUGUUGCAGGCAUUUGCUUUAUUAUAAGAGGAAUAUAAACCUGACUGGAUAUUUGUUUGGAUCUAUAAGUCUCUGCAUCAGAUGCUAUUUAAAGAGACUAAAUAUCGCUAAUAACCACAGGGAUAUGAGACAAUUUAGGCUUUGUUUCCGCUGUAACUGAGAGUACGUUUAUCUGAAUCUUUUAACCAACAUCAGAUCUGCAACUUAGUGACAGUCCAGAAGUGUUUCAUAGAUGUCAGAUGAGAGAAACAAAUCUGUUACUACACCAAAAAAUAAAGGUGAGGGCAUUGGUUGACAACAGUUAAAAAAAAGAAAGUAGGGACCUAACUCCUUCUUAGUUGUUGACAAAGUGUCAAUAAGUUACAAACAAGAGGUUUG